AUGCAAGGCCGACGCCGAAGCGCGCCGACGCGGUCGCUAGCCAUGUUCCUGCCUGCGCGUCUCCGACGGACAGUAGCAGGUGUGUCACUCGGCAUUUCCAUUGGCGUCGCAGGGACGUUGAUCGUGCUUGGAAUCGAAGAGGAAGACGACAGGAAACGAAGACCUUUGGCUCUACCAGCAGACCGCAAUACGUCGCAGCCCAAGGCGCUGGUUGAACACGAAGCUCUUCGCUACGGAAUGCCGUCCAACUCGAAUGUUUUCGUGCGGUCCGGCUACGUCGUGUCGUUUGAUUACCGGACGCGCAAUCCGUCGUGGGUGAUGCAGUAUUUGACAAAGAACUCGCUGCAAGUAGAGCACGAGACUGAUCGAGCGAACUCCAAGUUCAUGGUGGACAACAACGUUCCUGCGCAGUUCCAAGUGCAUCCGAAUCGAUACAUCAAGAGCGGCUACGACAAAGGGCAUCUCGCGCCAGCUCGUGAUAUGAGCCAUUCGCAGCAAGCCAUGGACGAGAGUUUCCUGAUGACGAACAUGUCGCCACAGGUCGGUGUGGGCUUCAACCGCGGGUACUGGGCACGCCUUGAAGGGUUUGUACGGCACCUGGCCGGUCAGUAUGACGCCGUUUAUGUCAUCACAGGACCUCUGUUUUUACCCAAGAAAAACAAACGAACUGGAGAAUAUGAGGUUUCGUACCCUGUGCUAGGUGCUCCGCCGAAUGCCAUGGCUGUGCCAACCCACUUUUUCAAAGUGGUGCUGGGUGAGCACCGAGGCAAGCAAUCUUUUGCCGCAGCCGGCUUUGUUUUGCCGAACAAGGUCAUCCCCGAAAACAAGGACCUUCUCGACUUUCAGGCUCCGCUAGAUGUUAUCGAGAAGCAGGCUGGUCUGCUCUUUUUCGACAAGCUCGACGGUGUUGAGAAGAUGGAUUUGUGCAGCGUGAGCAAGUGCGGGAUAGUUGCGGCUUACCGCAAGGCUUCUUCCGUCAAAUCACGCUGA